AUGGGCACAGAGAGGCUUCCUGUGGAUGAUUCAACCAAGUCAACGGGUUGGCCUUCAUGGGAUGAGCCAAAUCCGUACCAGUACGAUCGCCUAAUAACUGAUCGUUGUUGGGGUCCAGCUGAUGAUCAAUAUACGUACGAGCCUCAGUUCGUGGAGGAUGCUGGUAAUGUAGAUGAAGAUUAUGUUCCAUCGUCUGAAGCCGAGACUGAUACAAGCGCCUCUGAAGACUUGUCGGAGCCAGAGAACGUGAGAAGGGCGGGGAUUGAAUAUGCAGGUUGGCAGAAUUUGCAGAUCGACGAGGAUGAUGACGAACAGGGCAAGGAAUUUUCUGUCAGCAAAUCAGACAGCAGACGAGUCUAUGUCAAAUGCAAGCAUUCAGAUACGUGCCCCUUCAAGCUCCAUGCAUCGUCACAAGAUGGAGUCAUUUGGGGAGUGUAUAAGUUCACCAAUGAGCACUCAUGCGACGGUGAGCUAGGGCGCGUAGCGCGAAUAAAGGCCCCCGCAAAAGUCGUCGCAGCAUAUUUAGCACAGAAGAUACACGACGAUUGCGAGAUCUUGAAGCCGAAGGCCAUCCAGCUGGAGCUGCGACGUGAGUUUGGCGUACAGAUCAAGUACGAUGUUGCAUUGCGAGCCCGUAAUCGAGCCACUGAGAUGGUUUAUGGUCGACAUGAUCAGUCCUUCGAGAUGCUGCCCAAGUACUUAUACAUGUUGAGACAAUCCAAUCCCGUGACGAAGGACGGCAACGAGAGUUUGUUCCCACUCGCGUAUGGUGUUGGCCCGAAAGAAAACGAUGAAUCGUGGAGUUAUUUCAUGUCACGCAUUCGACGUGUUUAUGGCCAAGCCGAUCCACUUUUGAUUGUCUCUGAUCAGCAUAUCUCCAUUGCCAAUGCUAUCAGAAAUGAGUUACCAAAUGCAACCCACGGCCUAUGCUACUACCAUUUGCAAAAUAACCUGAAGCAUUACGGUAAGGCAGUGGUCGAGGUGUAUCGACAAGCUGCAUUUGCGUACGAGAAGUCCGACUUCAAUAGGGCUAUGAACGCCCUGAAGUUUUAUGACAUCAAAUGCUGCUGA